AUGAGUAAAGCUGCCGCAAACGAUAUAUGUCGAAUUUUGAAUACUUUCAAUGUUCCAAAUAUGCCUAAAGAUUUUCGUGGGGUGAUGUCACACGUUAAAAAAAGUAAUCCUACACUACUUCACGGUAAUCAAUCGUUUAUUUGUCCAUCCUGUUUCGGUAAAAAUGCAAAUGCUUCAAAAUGUAAUACCAAUGGAUGUCAGUCUGCUUCAUCUUAUGUUCGUAGUCCAACAUCAGUAUUUACGUUUCCUAUUUUACCUCAAAUCAUUUCCAUUCUUGAACGUGAAAAUCUUGCACCACUAACAUAUGAAUCUGAUCAAUGUCAGGAUGUAAUAAACUCUCAACGUCAUCAUGAAAUAGUGAUGAAGGAAAAACAAAUUCAUUCAGGAAGCAAUAUAGUCACUCUGACGCUUAAUUCUGAUGGAGUGUUAAUUAAAAGAUUAUCUCGUUCUUUAUGGAUUACAUGUGCGUGUAUAAAUGAACUACCUCGAUGUAAACGGUUUGAAAUUAAUAAUAUGUUAAUAUGUUCUAUAUCAACCGGUGAUGGAAAACCAAAAAAACAAGAAUAUUCAACAAUAUUAAUCGAUAUCGUAAAUGAAUUAAAAAUCCUUGAAAAUAUAGGUUUUGACAUAGUAUUGCUAUCGGAUAAGAAAGAUAAUGCAAGAAAAUAUACACAUUUUCACGCAUUUACUAUUUGUGCAGCCUGUGAUAAACCUGCUCAGUCUUUGCUUAUGAAUAUAACAGAUCCGACUGGUUAUUUUAGCUGUGGUUGGUGCUGUAUAAAAGGUUAG